AAUCACAAAUUUUUGUUGUAUUGAUCAUCGAUCAUCCAUUCACCAUCAUGGCAAGAACAAGUUUUCUCAUCAGCAUUGCCUUCACUGGUUUCAUUAUGUUGUCUAUUGCACAGAUGGCAUUAGGAGUUUCAAAAGUCGGUCAAGUGGUGGAUGCACAUGGGCCAUUGAAGGCGGCUAACGCAGACCGGGAUGGGACUUUUGCAGCUAACAAGCACGGAGUCAAGGAUGAAGGAAAAACUGUGCUAGGUGCCGCAAAGGGGUCAGCAAAUGCAUACUUAGUCGGAGUAGUAGGUGUGGAUUCAGAGAAGGGUCAAGCGAAAAUAGACGGGAACACUGGAGGGAAUGUGGCAGGCGUAGCUGGCUUGGACAGAGGGGGGUAUUUAGUAGUCGACUAUGAAAAAGGUCAGGUAAAUGAAAAAGCGAAAACGGAGGUAAAUGCCGCAAAUGGAUUGGUGAGGGUGAACACACAAGGGUCGACUCCAAAAAAGGUGGAGUUCCCGCAAAUAAGAAUUCUCCAGAGACGGACAAUUCUUACCCAGCAAAGCCCAUGACCAAAAAUACCAGUGGAAACUAUAACUAAGAGCCCACAAGGAAGGAGUGUUUUUUAUUAACGUUUGCCUCCAAAUAUAUGGAGCUGUUCGCUUUGAUAUUUGUAUUUUUGAUUUAUUUUUCAAAUGGGAAACUUAGGC